GUCAGCCAAAUGUGUUGCGUUUGUUGCGGGCGUCGGUUCGUCUCGUUCACGUUCGCGUUCGCCUUUGUCUUUGCUUUCGCCUUUCCGUGUCCGUCUUCGUCUCCGUUUGCAUACUCGAAAGAUUGCCGUGGAGUGAAGUGAAGUGCAGUGAAGGAUCAUCAAAGUGCUUUUAAUUAUGACCAAAUACAAUAAUGCGAACGGCAUGUUGACGGGCGCGAUUGCGACCAAUGACAGCGCCAUCAAACAGGAAUAUAUCGGCUAUCUACAGCAAACAAAUUCAACGGGCUUUCGCUACAACAACAACAGUAACAACGACGACAACAUUAACCACCUGACACACGGAAAUAUGCAUCAGAAUCCACACCAGACACUUCAGCAUUUCUUCAGCCGCUUCAAUGCCGUCGGCGAUGCCAGCAGCGCCGCCUGCAGCUUCGGCAAUAGGAAUCACCAAACCACAGAGGGCAGCAAGCAGCUCUCCAUGACAUCUUCGCCCAUAUACACCACGGACUACGACGACGAGGAUAGCAGCCUGAGUUCCGAGGAGCAUGUGCUGGCGCCUCUUGUCUGUGCCUCGGCCCAGUCCUCGCGUCCUUGCCUCACGUGGGCCUGUAAGGCGUGCAAGAAGAAGAAUGUCACCGUGGAUCGACGCAAGGCGGCGACCAUGCGAGAGCGACGGCGUCUGAGAAAGGUUAACGAGGCCUUUGAGAUCUUGAAGCGUCGCACAUCAUCCAAUCCCAAUCAGCGCUUGCCCAAGGUUGAGAUCUUGCGCAAUGCCAUCGAAUAUAUCGAGAGUCUGGAGGAUCUGCUGCAGGAAUCCACGCCCACUCGCGACGGCGACAAUCUGGCGCCCAGUUUAAGCGGCAAGAGCUGCCAGUCCGAUUAUCUGAGCUCCUAUGCGGGCGCGUAUCUGGAGGAUAAGCUCAUCUUUUACAACAAGCACAUGGAGAAAUAUGGACAAUUCGCGGAUUUCGAUGCCAGCGCCAGUGCGAAUGGCUCCAGUUUGGAUUGCCUCAAUCUCAUUGUGCAGAGCAUCAAUAAGAGCACAACGAAUGCUGUACAGAUGACAGCAGCCGCCAGUAAAGUCACCACCGCUGUCACCACCAACAGCGCCAGCAGCACCAGCACCACCAACACCACCACAAGCACAGCAACAGGCAAACGCAGCACCUCCUCGUUGAACGCCAACUUCAAGCAGAAAUGUAGCACCUAGCAUUAGCAUUAGGAUUAUUGGACUCAUUCAUGAGGCCAGACUAGUUAAAUGUAAAGUUAAUCUUAAGAGACAGCCACAGGAUACGCGCUAUACCCCAAAGGACACACCAAAUGCCAGUGAACAUAUGUAGAACUAGUUUAGUAAUUUUUUUUUAGCUCUAGCAACUACUUAAUUAAAGACUACAAAUAAAGCAGACUUAAGCACG